AUGAAUGCAUGAAAUAACAAAGCAGCAGUAAUGAAGCGAUUAUUGAUUAGUACAAAAAAAAAAAAAAAAAGAGAAUUUUGGGGAGCACUCAUCAACCAUGGUGAUGUUGUUUGCACACACAGAUUCAGUAGUCACUCACUAGUUCUCGGAGAAAACCAAGUGUCAGUAAUAACUAACAAGCAAAACAGAAAAGAAUACGGAUUCGAUUCGGAGAGAUCAACCAUGAAGAACGACCACAACAACAACAACAACAACAGCGCCGAGCAUAGCAAAGACACUACCGUUGGAAUCCUAGAUUCCCGAUUCAACCAGACCCUCAGAAAUGUUCAAGGGUUACUCAAGGGUCGUAACAUUCCUGGUAAAAUAUUAUUGAGCCAGAGGGUUGAAUCUCCCGAUUACACAAGCUUAUCCUCACCGACUUAUAUAAGGAGCUCCUCAUACAGUGAAACUGGCACAAGUGACCAGACAUCUGAGACGGUAGAGGAGGAAGUUCACAGUACAAGUAAACCAUUUGGUAUUCCCAAUGACAAUAAGUUAAAAAUAUCAGCAUCCAAUGUAGAGAGCUCAUCCGAAGAAGUCCGGAAAUCUUCCAUGGGUGCAAGAGCUACAGAUUCUGCAAGAGUUAUGAAGUUCACUAAGGUGCUUUCAGAGACAAUGGUUAAAUUAGAGAAAUUGCGUGAAUUUUCUUGGAGUGGUGUUCCAGAUUAUAUGCGUCCUACAGUGUGGAGACUUCUCUUGGGAUAUGCACCACCUAAUUCAGAUAGAAGGGAGGGAGUUUUGAAAAGGAAGCGCCUUGAGUAUCUUGACUGUGUUUCUCAGUAUUAUGAUAUUCCUGAUACAGAACGCUCGGAUGAUGAGAUCAAUAUGCUUCGCCAGAUUGCUGUUGAUUGUCCAAGAACUGUACCUGAAGUUUCAUUCUUUCAACAACAGCAAGUUCAGAAAUCAUUGGAGCGUAUUCUGUACACAUGGGCCAUUCGGCAUCCUGCAAGUGGAUAUGUUCAGGGGAUAAAUGAUCUUGUUACGCCAUUUUUAGUUGUUUUCCUAUCAGAAUACUUGGAAGGGGGCAUAGAUAAUUGGUCAAUGUCUGAUUUAUCUUCAGAUGAAAUCUCUAAUAUAGAGGCCGACUGCUAUUGGUGCUUGUCAAAGUUGCUUGAUGGUAUGCAAGACCAUUAUACGUUUGCCCAACCAGGAAUUCAAAGGCUUGUUUUUAAGUUGAAGGAAUUGGUCAGGAGGAUUGAUGAUCCUGCUUCAAACCAUAUGGAGGAGCAAGGAUUGGAAUUUCUUCAAUUUGCUUUCCGCUGGUUCAACUGUCUUCUAAUCCGCGAGAUACCCUUCCAUCUUGUCACACGUCUUUGGGACACAUAUCUAGCUGAAGGAGAUGCCUUACCAGAUUUCCUUGUGUAUAUAUCUGCCAGUUUUCUUCUAACGUGGUCUGACAAGCUCCAGAAGCUUGAUUUCCAAGAGAUGGUAAUGUUCCUUCAGCACCUUCCAACUAAGAACUGGACUCAACAGGAGCUCGAGAUGGUACUUUCUCGUGCAUUUAUGUGGCACAGUAUGUUCAACAACUCUCCGAGUCAUUUAGCUAACUGAGCAAGCAAGCAAUUGCGAUUUUCUGUAUUUAGUCAUUCUAUUUUCUUGGUUUUUCCUCACUUCCCAUCCAACUUUUUUCCCCUCUAGUGUGAGAUGAACUAAUUUUUUUAACCAAUUUUUACAUGUAUUUUGCCUUGUAAUAUGUUUGUAAAGGAGAGGUAAAAAUAAACAGAAGAGAGAGAGAGAGAGAGAGUUUUUUGUAUUAAUUUUUUUUUAUAUACAUAUUUUUGUAAAGCCAGCAAGCGAUAAUAGUUACUUUCUUUCCAUUUCUUGGUUGAAUUCGUAGGUUUCAAAUUCAAUAAUAUUAAUGACUUGGAGCA